CCGGGGACGGUGUUUUUCUUUCCACUCUGUUUAGUGGAAUAAAGGACUACCGGGGACGGUGUUUUUCUUUCCACUCUGUUUAGUGGAAUAAAGGACUACCGGGGACGGUGUUUUUCUUUCCACUCUGUUUAGUGGAAUAAAGGACUACCGGGGACGGUGUUUUUCUUUCCACUCUGUUUCCUCUCUGAGCGCACUGUUCUGUCUCUGUGACACUCACAUUCAACUCGUAAGCAUCUUAAUUGAAAGAUGUCAGGCAAAUUAUUGGUCUACCUCUUACUUCUGACAGUCUUUCAUGCCUGUUCUCCAAAAAUGGAAUAUGAAGAAGAGUAUGAGGAUGUUACCAUGAACCAAAAGUUGGCUCCGAAGACGAUGGAGGCAGACACCACAGAGAUCCUGAACAAUUUACUCAAGGAAUACGAUAAGAAACUACGGCCAGAUAUUGGAGUUAAACCAACGGUCAUAGAUGUGGACAUCUAUGUGAACAGCAUUGGACCGGUGUCAUCCAUAGAUAUGGAAUACCAGAUCGACAUCAUCUUUGCCCAGACGUGGACAGACAGCAGGUUGAGCUACAACAGCACCAUGAAUAUCCUGACCCUGAACAGCAACAUGGUGGGGCUCAUCUGGCUCCCCGACACCAUCUUCAGGAACUCCAAGAACGCUGACUCUCAUUGGAUUACAACACCCAAUCAGCUGCUCAGGAUAUGGAACGACGGGAAGAUACUCUACACGCUAAGGCUGACCAUAAAUGCAGAGUGCCAGUUACAGCUGCAUAAUUUCCCCAUGGACGAACACUCCUGCCCACUCAUCUUCUCCAGCUAUGGCUACCCGAGAGAUGAGAUGAUUUACAAGUGGAGGAAGAACUCUGUGGAGACAUCCGACCAGAGGUCCUGGAGACUCUAUCAGUUUGACUUCAUGGGCCUACGCAACACCUCACACAUAGUCAAGACAACAGCAGGUGAUUACAUAGUGAUGACAGUGUUAUUUGACCUGAGCAGAAGGAUGGGCUACUUCACCAUCCAGACCUACAUCCCCUGUAUCCUCACCGUGGUCCUCUCCUGGGUCUCCUUCUGGAUCAAGAAAGACGCCACACCAGCCAGAACAGCUCUAGGGAUAACCACGGUGUUGACCAUGACCACUCUGAGCACAGUGGCAAGGACGUCACUUCCCAGGGUUUCCUACGUGACGGCCAUGGACCUCUUCGUCACUGUGUGUUUCCUGUUUGUGUUCGCUGCGUUGAUGGAGUAUGCCACACUCAACUACUAUUCAUACGGUGCCAGCCCAAGACCCAGACCACGGAACACCCAGAGAAUGAACUACUCAGUGUUGGAAGUGGGACCUGCCCCUACGGUGAUCAAGUUGAACAACUCCACAUAUAACAACCUAUACUGGCAGGAAUUUGAGGACGCCUGUGUCUAUGAGUGCCUGGACGGGAAGGACUGCCAGAGCUUCUUCUGUUGUUACGAUGAGUGUAGAGGAGGCGGAUGGAGGAAAGGACGGAUCCACAUAGAUAUCCUGGAGCUGGACGCUUAUUCCAGGGUCUUCUUCCCCACAUCCUUCAUUCUGUUUAACGUAGUCUACUGGGUCAGCUAUCUGUACCUUUAGCAGGCUGUACUGGGAAGGCUAU